ACAGAUGAUAUCCCGAGCUAAAUGGCGAACGUAGAAGAAGUUGCCGGGCUCGACUGCCGAUGAGUUUCUUCAAUCAUCCAUGCGAGACUAACACUUUUUAGACAUUUUCGCAGACCAAAAUGAAGAGCACUAUUCUUGUGUUGUUUUGGUGCUGCGUAGGCUUGGUGAGGAGCGACGAGCACACGCACACGUACGAAGAAAACGAAGAGGUCGUCUUGUGGAUGAACACGGUGGGCCCGUAUCACAACAGACAAGAGACCUACGCCUACUUCUCGCUGCCCUUCUGCAUUGGCUCAAAGCAGACCAUCAGCCACUACCAUGAGACCCUCGGCGAGGCUCUUCAGGGCGUCGAACUCGAGUUCUCCGGACUUGACAUCGAGUUCAAGGCUGAAAUCGCAGCCACGCCGUAUUGUGAAAUUGAGCUGUCAGAUGAAAGACAAAAGGCGUUUGUAUAUGCCGUUAAAAACCACUACUGGUAUCAGAUGUACAUCGAUGACCUCCCUAUUUGGGGAAUUGUUGGGGAGACCGACGAGAAUGGUGGCUCGAUGAACCACUACAUUUGGACGCACAAGAAGUUUGACAUUGGCUACAAUGGCAACCAAAUUGUAGACGUCAAUCUUACCUCCGAAAACAAAGUUCGUCUCGACCUGAAUGCCAAGAUUCCGUUCACUUAUGAGGUCAACUGGCGCAAGUCUCCGAUCAAGUACGAGGACAGAUUUGACAAGUAUUUGGACCCUAACUUCUUCCAGCAUAGAAUUCACUGGUUUAGCAUCUUCAAUAGUUUCAUGAUGGUCAUCUUUUUGGUUGGCUUGGUUUCUAUGAUUCUUAUGAGGACUCUGCGGAAAGAUUACGCUCGAUACAGUAAGGAUGAAGAAAUGGACGACAUGGAAAGAGACCUAGGAGAUGAGUAUGGCUGGAAGCAAGUCCAUGGAGACGUUUUCCGACCUGCAUCUCAACCAAUGAUCUUCUCCGCUCUAAUAGGAACUGGCUAUCAGGUGGUCACCGUUGCCCUCUGUGUUAUCAUAUUUGCCAUCCUUGGCGAGCUCUACACCGAACGAGGCUCUCUUUUGAGCACUGCGAUCUUUGUGUAUGCGGCAACAUCUCCAAUCAACGGUUACUGCGGAGGCAGUCUUUAUGCCAGGAUGGGUGGCAAAGUUUGGAUUCGCCAAAUGCUGCUUUCCGCCUUCCUGCUGCCAGCUCUUGUCUGUGGAACUGCCUUCCUGAUCAACUUCAUCGCAAUCUACUACCACGCCUCCCGCGCCAUUCCGUUUGGCACUAUGGUGGCCGUGACCUGCAUUUGCUUGUUUGUCAUUCUGCCGCUGACCCUUGUCGGAACCGUUCUCGGACGCAACCUUGCUGGACAGCCAGACUACCCUUGCCGCAUCAAUGCUGUGCCCAGACCUAUUCCAGAGAAAAAGUGGUUCAUGGAGCCUGCUGUCAUUAUCUGUCUAGGAGGCAUUCUUCCUUUUGGCUCCAUUUUUAUUGAAAUGUACUUUAUUUUCACUUCGUUCUGGGCCUACAAAAUCUACUAUGUGUAUGGCUUCAUGCUGCUGGUGUUUGUGAUCCUGAUGAUUGUCACCGUGUGCGUCACCAUCGUGUGCACCUACUUUCUGCUCAACGCUGAGGACUAUCGGUGGCAGUGGACUAGCUUCCUUGCUGCUGCUUCCACCUCUGGAUAUGUCUAUCUCUACUCGUUCUACUACUUUUUCUUCAAGACAAAGAUGUAUGGGUUGUUCCAAACGACGUUUUACUUUGGCUACAUGGCCUUGUUCAGCCUGACGCUGGGCCUGCUUUGUGGAACCGUUGGCUACAUAGGCACCAGUCUCUUUGUUCGCAAGAUCUACUCGACCGUGAAGAUUGACUGAACUUUCAAUCCAAGCUACUUUAAUUACACUAUGAAUGUCUUGUUUCCACACACGUGUUUCGCAAGUAUUUUUUAUUAAAAUUUUAUAUGUUUUCUGUGACCACAUGAACCAACUGAUGGGUGUGAGUUUUAAACAGGCCAUUUUGCAAUGGUUGUUAAGAAAAAUUACUCCAAUUUAUGUCUCGAAACGACCGGGACAAAAGAGCACAAAUGCAUGCAUGCAGUGUAUAUUGUGCUGUAGCUUUGUAUAUUGCGACGAAUCCCGGCCAUGUUUUGAGUGGUGCCGUUGUCAGUUGAUAUCCAAUAGUCAUCCGCAGUGCUCGCGCUCGACAAAGACUGGCGUCAUUGGCUCGAUGCAUUCCAGCGAAGUCACCAGUGAUCAGAAAGAAUCAUGAUUGUUUUCUCAGCACGUGAAUUCUGAAUUGAUUAUUAUUUGUGAAAAUCAGAGCUUUAUUUAUUUUGUUAAGUGCGCGUGAAUGAAGUCGUGAUAACCCGAAUGGCAUUUGAAUAUAAUUAUUAUUGUCCGCUCUUUCAUACACUGUGUUUAUAUUACUAGCGGAUUUUAUUUUGCUAAAAUUGAGUAGGCGCCGCCGAGCACCGACUCGUGGCAAGUGAAUUUUUAUGAAUCGGAAAAUUGUUGUUGUAUGUGUAAUAUUGUCGGAUGCAUGUUAAGGAGAAUAAUAAUAAUUAAAUCAAAUACA